AUGGCCAUGGAGCAGGGAAGAGUGACGGAAUUCGAAGGAAAGAGCCUCGACCAGAUACAAAUUGAGCCUGAAGGGAGAGCAGUAGAGAUCCUCUCACAAACGGACGGGCUAAAAGAAACUUCAAGCGGAGAACCUUCAACCAUUCAUCCAGAUGCACCCCAUGGUAGUGGCAGUGCCCCUUCUGAACGUUGCGGAGAGAAAGGGGGGGUGAAUUUGGAGGGGGGGGGGGGUGUCGUCAGGACCUCCCUCCUGCCUCCUCAGACCUCCCUCCUGCCUCCUCAGACCUCCCUCCUGCCUCCUCAGACCUCCCUCCUGCCUUCUCAGACCUCCCUCCUGCCUCCUCAGACCUCCCUCCUGCCUCCUCAGACCUCCCUCCUGCCUUCUCAGACCUCCCUCCUGCCUCCUCACACCUCUCUCCUGCCUCCUCAGACCUCCCACCCUCCUCCUCACACCUCUCUCCUGCCUCCUCACACCUCUCUUCUGCCUCCCCACACCUCCCUCCUGCCUCCUCACACCUCUCUCCUGCCUCCCCACACCUCCCACCCUCCUCCUCACACCUCUCUCCUGCCUCCCCACACCUCCCACCCUCCUCCCCACACCUCCCUCCUGCCUCCCCACACCUCCCUCCUGCCUCCUCACACCUCUCUCCUGCCUCCCCACACCUCUCUCCUGCCUCCCCACACCUCCCUCCUGCCUCCUCACACCUCUCUCCUGCCUCCCCACACCUCCCACCCUCCUCCUCACACCUCUCUCCUGCCUCCCCACACCUCCCACCCUCCUCCUCACACCUCUCUCCUGCCUCCCCACACCUCCCACCCUCCUCCUCACACCUCUCUCCUGCUUCCCCACACCUCUCUCCUGUCUCCUCACACCUCCCUCCUGCCUCCUCAGACCUCCCUCCUGCCUCCCCACACCUCCCUCCUGCCUCCACACACCUCUCUCCUGCUUCCUCACACCUCCCUCCUGCCUCCCCACACCUCUCUCCUGCCGCACCAGGCCUCCCUCCUGCCUCCCCACACCUCUCCUGCUUCCUCACACCUCCCUCCUGCCUCCCCACACCUCCCUCCUGCCGCACCAGGCCUCGCUCCUGUCCGCCCCCUCACCUUUCCUUGUUAA